AUGAAGAAAGCAACCAAAUACAGUUUCCAUGAUGAUGACAGUGAAGGCGAGGCACUCGCUCAGACCAAUAUGUCCCAACACAGCGGCUAUGGAGACGAUGAUUUCUGCGUUGAUGCGAGACAGGCAAUUCAAAGAUUGAUUGGCGCCAACAAUGCCACAGUCUGCUUCGUAGCUGGUAGCACGGGAGCAAACCUCUUGGCGAUAGCAAGUCACCUUCGUCCUCAUGAGGCAAUCAUCGCUACGGAGCUGGGACACAUCGUUGGAAAGGAAGGCGGGGCUGUAGAGGCAACGGGCCAUAAGAUCCUGGUCGAGCGGGGUGUGGAGGGCAAAUUAACACCGGAACAGAUACAGUCAGCUGUUGAUCGCAGCUCAGAAUUUGCGUGGCAGCCGAAGGCUCGAAUGGUUUUCAUCUCAAACACAACCGAAGUUGGCACUGUUUACAACAAGAGCGAAUUCGAAGCUAUCGCUGCAAUCUGCAAAAGGCUAAGCCUUCUACUUCUCAUGGAUGGGGCGCGUCUCGGGGCUGCCUUGACGUCCGCCAAGAACGACAUGACAUUGAAAGAUAUUUAUGAUCUCACAGAUACAUUCUGGAUCGGAGGCACCAAGAAUGGCGCGCUGUUGGGCGAAGCGAUAGUCAUCAAGGAUCCGGCUUUUGGCGCAGACUUUCCCUACCACAUGAAGCAGCGAGGAAUGUUGCUCGCAAAGGGAAGAGUUCUUGGGAUUCAGUUCAGCACGCUCUUGCAGGAUAAUCUCUAUUUUCGUCUAGCACGUCAUUCCAAUAACGCCGCAGCUGAAAUGUCUACCGCUCUGGUGAGGAUGGGAUAUGAUAUGUGGAUGCGGACGGAUUCCAAUCAAGUGUUUGUCAUCUUCCCACCGGCACUGGUUCAAGUAUUGGCAAAGGAUUUUGACUUCUUUGUCUGGAAAUAUCUCAGCGACACGGCACUGGUUGUGCGCCUUGUGACGUCUUGGGCAACAGAUCUUUCGAAAGUGGAAAGACUUUGCUCAAUCGUGGGAGAAGGGUCUGAAAGAACUUGA